UCCCAGGAGAGGGCCCUUCAGGCUGUCAUUCAUUCAUUUGUCUUAAGAGACAGGUGCAUCUGUAGGCUAGGUCUUCAUUAUCAUCUUAAAUGUGGGGCAUGUGAUGACCCGUGAAAAUCAACUAACAUACAAGUAAAGAGUGUGAAGGCAGGUGUGGAUCACAUCUGCCUUUUAGGGCCACUCCAGAGGCACUGGGGAGGGGGAUGAGUUGCAGGGAAUUCCAGGGGAAAGAGACCUUAGAGGUUGCAUCAGAAAUAGUAAGUUCCCUAGGAUACACAAAUGUGUGCCUUGUUCUGGGCACUUCCUGUGCCAACCACAGGGUGGCGCUGUUAAGCAGGGUUACGACCAAGUUAAGAGUGGCAAGGGCUUGGGAAGACUGGUGCGGGGCAAUGCAGGGGAGGGUCUUUGCAAACCUCCUCUCGGAACCCUUGGGGCAGAUGGGUGCUAACGGGAGAAAACAUCCUGGGGUGGGGACUCAGGAAGGUAUGCGCCCCCGUGCACAGUAGGUACUGCUGUGAUUCACUGGCGGGGCCUGCGGUGCUCCUCUGAGGGAGGCAAUAGCAGUCAUCCCUCCCCCCAAGUUAUUUGUGGUGCUAGGGACUGAAUUUAGACCAUUGAACUAUAUCCUGCCCACCACCCUUCUUCAAUUUUAAGACAUGGUCUUGCUAAGUUAAUCCAGUCAACCUUAAAUGCAUGAUGCUCUUGCCUCAGCCUGAAUUGCUGAAAUUAUAGGUGCUCACAACCAUGCCCCAAAGUAGAACCCAUUUUAUAGAUAUGAAAACCUGGACCCUGAAUCUAUCUGGAAACGACAGGACAGCCUCUCAGUGGAAGCAAGGCAAUGCCAGGAUGCUCAGACUUGGACACAAAGGCAGUACCCAGUUGUCCGUUAUGGAGGCAGUUCUUAACCCAUGGUCUCAUUGAACAGCCUUAUUGUGGUCUUGGGCGGGCACAACUCUGGGAAGGGGGAAGAGAUUGGGCAUGAGCCUUCCUUGCAGGGCCAGAAUCAUGUGUGCCGGAUGAGCUACCCUCACUGAACACUGCAAGGGAAGGGGGAGUCACGGGCAGGAUGAUUGGGUCCUGACCUUUCCCACAAAACUCCAGCAACUGAGGUAGCAUUGCCUUGGGGAGGAGGCUCUGAGGCCACAGUCAUAGCAAGGUAUGGGGAGCAGAGUAUUAGAAAUGCACACACCGGGGUUGGGAAUUUAGCUCAGUGGUAGAGCAUUUGCUUAGCAAGUGCAAGGCCCUGGGUUCGGUUCUCAGCUCUGGAAAAUGAAAAAAGAAAGAAAUGCACAUGCCUUUAAUCCCAGCACACAGGAGGUAGAGGCAGGCAGAUCUCUGUGUUUGAGGCCAGCAUGGUCUAUAGAGUGAGUUCCAAGACAACAGGGCUACACAGACUCUGUCUCCCAUAAAUAAACAAACAAACAAAUAAAUUUUAGAAAGUGCUUCUGGAACGAAUCUGGCAACCAUUGAGCAGAAUGGAAGAUUCCUGUAUCUCAGCUUCCUUCCCAGAUACUCCUACAAGCGGGAAGCACGAGAAGCAGGCAGCUGCAUCCCAGUUUGUCACCAGGGGCGCCAGAGCAGAUGUUCUCGGUCUGCGAAGGCAUCUGUAGCCUGCUUGACAUUCGUGCUGGGGAUUUUGACCAAUUGAGGACUAGACUGCGGAAUGAACAGGGAGUUGGCUCCACCCUCAGCCAGGGAAGCCCCGCCUCUCCCAUAGCCUGACCCCUGCGCAAAGCAUGCUGGUAGCCAUGGGCUGCGCGCAGGCCCAUCACGCUCAGAUCUGUUCUGCGCUUUCCCCCCAACUUCGGUACUUCCGGGAUAUUGGGGGAGCGGGGGUGGGGAGCCCGGUGCGCACUCGAGAUCCCGGCCUGAUUGUUCCUGACCCUAUGUAGACGGCCUAGACCGUGACUUUCCACCCUGAGCCAUCUGGUGAACCACGAGCUGGCCAUGCAUGGGAAGCUGCUGCUGCUGGCCGGCCUCUAUCUUGUGCAGGGUCUGCCCUAUGGACUGCAGUCCAGCUUGCUGCCCAUUUUACUGCGGGCCCAUGGUCUCUCCCUGACGCGUGUGGGUCUGACCAAGGGAUUGUAUGUCCCAUGGCUGUUAAAACUGGCGUGGGCGCCACUGGUGGACAGGCGGGGCUCCCCUCGGGUCUGGUUAACACUCAGCACAGUGGCCCUGGGCCUGGUGUGUGGACUGCUGGCUGUGUUGCCUCCCCCGCAAACUGGCCAGACAGGCCUGCCCAUCAUCAUGAUGGGGCUGCUGCUGCUGCUGAAUCUGGGUGCAGCAGUGCAGGACGUGGCUCUGGACACAGUCGCUGUGCAGCUGCUGGAGCCAAAGGAGCUGGGAGCUGGGAACACUGUACAGGUGGUGGCUUACAAGCUGGGAUCAGCACUGGCUGGGGGGGGCCUAUUGGUCCUCUUCCCGACCCUGUCUUGGCCAUUGCUUUUUCUGCUCCUAGCUGCCACCUACUGGCUGGCUGCUGCCUUAGCCUGGGCUGCACCAACCUUGGGACAGCUGCCUUGGCCUCAGGUCUCAGAGCAUACCACCCCCACAUCCUCCUAUCUUCUACAAGAUUUGAUGGCUGUGCCUGGGACCCUCUGGACAGCAGGCUUUGUGCUCACCUACAAGCUGGGUGAGCAGGGAGCUGGAAGCUUGUUUCCACUUCUCCUGUUGGACCAUGGUGCUUCUGCCUCAGACCUGGGGCUAUGGAGUGGCUUGGGUGCCGUGACCUGCUCCAUUGCUGGCUCCUCUUUAGGUGGGGCUCUACUGGCCCGGCACUGGCAGCCUCUCUCCCUAUUGAGGUCAGUGCUGCAGCUACGCCUUGGGAGUUUGGCCUGCCAGACGGCUCUGCUUUUCUACCUCAGUACCCCAGGGGCCAGUCUGGACCCUGGUACAAUCACGAGAGCUUUGCUGAGCCUGUGUCUACAGCAGUUUCUGGGUGGUGUGGUCACCACCGCCACAUUCACUGUGAUGAUGCACUGUAGCCAGCUGGCACCCAGAGCCCUGCAGGCCACGCAUUACAGCCUCCUGGCCACUCUGGAACUGCUGGGCAAGCUGCUACCAGGUACCCUGGCUGGAGUGCUGGCUGAUGGCCUGGGCCCACACCUCUGCUUUGCUGCCUUCCUUGUCCUCUCAGGGCUGCCCAUUCUGGAUCUCAGCCUGGCACCCAGUAACCUGACCUGAGCUGUCCGUAAAGCCAAUAAAGCUAUCUAUGGCCUGGCUGUCUGAAACACAAAA